CUGGCCAAUAUGGCGGCGUCCACCAUCUCGUUCGAUUUGUGAGGGUCGGCCGCGACGUGUUUCGGCACAGUUUUCCGCGGACGUUGAUUGCCGACGGCGCCCGUCCUGUCACCGCGGCUGUCGACGCUCCACCGCACCGGCUGACGGCGGCGCCAAAAAUUCUGCGAAAGGUUCGCCGCGCGGUCCAGACUCAACAUGGGUAUCCUCGAAAAGAUCAGCGAGAUCGAGAGAGAAAUCUCUCGGACGCAGAAAAACAAAGCUACGGAAUACCACUUGGGACUGCUCAAGGCCAAGCUAGCUAAGUACAGGACCCAGCUUCUGGAGCCGCAGGGCAAAUCGAAGGAGAAGGGAGAAGGCUUCGAUGUAAUGAAAUCGGGUGAUGCGCGUGUCGCGCUCAUCGGCUUUCCAUCGGUUGGCAAGUCCACUCUGCUCAACAUUAUGACCGACACCCAUAGUGAGUCGGCGUCGUAUGAGUUCACGACACUCACCUGUAUCCCUGGUGUCAUUGAGUACAAAGGUGCCAACAUUCAGCUUCUCGAUCUGCCUGGUAUCAUCGAAGGUGCCUCUCAAGGCAAGGGAAGAGGUCGCCAGGUCAUAGCCGUGGCUCGAACUGCCGACCUUGUUGUCAUGAUGCUGGACGCUGGGAAGAGCGAGGUGCAUAGGAAGCUUUUGGAGCAAGAAUUGGAGGCUGUUGGCAUCAGGCUAAACAAGCUUCCCCCGAAUAUUUACUUCAAGGAAAAGAAAGCAGGAGGCCUGAGUUUCAACUCGACCUGCAACUUGACAAAGUGUGAUGAGAAGCUUGUCCAGAUGGUUCUUCAUGAAUACAAGAUCUUCAAUGCCGAAGUCCUCUUCCGUGAGGACUGUACCCCGGACGAGCUGAUUGAUGUGAUCCUGCGCAACCGUGUCUACCUGCCCUGUCUCUACGUCUAUAACAAGAUUGACCAGGUCUCCAUCGAGGAGGUUGACCGGCUCGCCCGCCAGCCGCACAGCGUUGUUGUCAGUUGCAACAUGAAACUAAACCUGGACUACUUCUUGGAGAGGCUGUGGGACUACCUGGCCCUCAUUCGGGUCUACACCAAGAAGCGUGGCUCUCCGCCAGACUUUGAUGGUGGCCUUAUUCUCCGGAGGAAUGCAACGGUCGAGCAUGUGUGUCACGCAAUCCACCGCAGCAUCGUCCACGUCUUCAAGUACGCACUUGUCUGGGGCACAAGUACCAAGUACAGUCCGCAGAGGGUCGGCCUGCAGCACGUGGUUCACCACGAAGACGUCGUCCAAAUUGUCAAGAAGUGACACGACCGCCGUGCUUUAGGAACUACAAUGAUUUACAGCUGCCGCGAAUGAAAUGUUUUGGCUGGAGCUUUUUUUUUUUUGUGCUGGCUAUGCGACAGUGUCUGUAUUUUUGAAGAAUGAAAUAAUAAAAAAAGAAAAAGCCCAGUUACCAGCUCGGCCUGAUACCAGA